UUAUUUUUCAAUAGCGAAUCAGAUUUCUUCUGGCAUGUGGAUUUUGGUCUCAUUUUGUUUAUGUCAGGAGCUCAUCUGUCAAGUCCACUGAUAUACCAUAACCGAGCUUCCUGAAAACUUAGUGAACAUUUCUUGAAUAUGUCGAGUCGUGCUCUGCGGAGAUUAAAGGGAAAACAGCGGGGGCAGGAGGCCCUAGACCUAGGGGAUCUUGUUCCAGAUGAGCAGGCUGUAGAGGUUGAGGAAGAGGAGAAACUAGAAAAUGCUCUUAUCCAGCCUUCUAAGAGCAGCAGCCGGAAAGCAAAGAAUAAGAAAAACUUGACCAACAUUUACGAACUGAUAUGUGAUGCAGAGCAUGAAACAGAGAAUUCUAUGACUGAUGAAGACAAAGGAAAGCCAGAAGAACAGAACUGUGAUGUAGGCAAGGAGAAAAGUGACAGCGGGGAGACAGAAAAAAGAGAUCCACAGCCAGAGACAGUGGCUGCAAAGCCUGAGUCCAGAUAUAAACCAAGCAAGAAAAAGAAGAAAAAGAAAAAGAACACAAUUGGAGAAAAACAGGUGGCGGCUGGGGAUGACAUCGAUGCGUUGCUGGAGACCAUAGGGCAGUCUAAUGGACUGACCCUGCAGAGUGAGGGCGGUGGGGGUUCAGACAGGCCGAUACUCUAUGUGGAACACAGAAACCUAAAUCCUGAGACGGAGUUGAAGAGAUACUUUGGAGCUCGGGCAGUUCUUGGUGACCAAAGACCUCGACAGCGACAGAGACAUUUCCAUCGCAGCACCUGGCUUACCGUCCUGAAAGACACCUGGCCACGCUUCAGCCGUCCAGGUAUCUCAAUGACCCUACUGGAGUCCAAGGAUGGUCAACAGUACUUCACCUUUGAGCACAGCCGGGACUACCAACAGGUCCAGUUCAAGUUCCUGGACGCUGUGGAGUCGAUGGAUCCCAACAACAUUGUGGCCCUGCUCCAGCUCAAUCCCUACCACAUUGACUGCCUGCUUCAGCUCUCUGACGUCUGUCGCAUACAGGAGGACCAGGAGAUGGCCAGGGACCUGAUUGAACGGGCCCUAUACAGUUUUGAGUGUGCGUUUCACCCUGUGUUCAGCCUGGUUUCAGGAACCAGCAGGCUGGACUACCGGAGACCGGAAAACAGGGCGUUCUUCUUGGCUCUUUAUAAGCACAUGAUGUUUCUGGAGAGGAGAGGAUGCCCACGGACGGCCCUGGAAUAUUGUAGACUCCUCCUAAGCCUGGACCCAGACAGGGAUCCACUCUGUAUGCUGCUGCUCAUUGACUUCCUCUCAUUGCGCUCGCGAGAGUACAGCUAUCUCCUCCGACUGUAUCAAGCCUGGGAGGUGCACAGGAACCUGUCCCAGCUUCCAAACUUUGCCUUUUCUGUUGCUCUGAGUUGCUUCCACUUGAGCCAGGAAGAGCAGACAGAGUCAGGGGAGAGAGAGAAGCUCAAACAGAAGGCCGACCUCCUGCUGCAGAACGCUCUCAUCAUGUUCCCUGGAGUGUUGAUGCCUUUGUUGGACCUGUGCACAGUCCAGCCAGAUGCUGCCGUGGUGUCCCACGUCUUCUUCGGACCCAAAAGCCAGCUGGGGCAGUCCCCUGCCCUCGCCGAGCUGGUGUCUCUGUACGUGGGACGGACUCACACCCUCUGGAGGGAAGCAGGCGUCCUGCUGUGGCUGGAGGAGUGUGUGAGGGAAGUGUUACAACGAGUUGACAGCAAAGACCCCCUGGUGGAGGACUGCCAAAACAAGAGGAAGCAGAGGUACCAGAAUGCCCCCCGGAACAUCCAUCGCCAUGUCAUCCUGUCUGAGAUUAAAGAGGCCACCUCUGCUCUGCCCCUGGAGGUGACCACUCAGCCAGUGAUGGGCUUUGACCCUCUUCCACCGCUGGACUCUUUGGCUUCAUACACCCGUCCUGAGAGGCAGAGUGUGAGGGCCUCCAGUGAGAGCACCCUGUCGCUGUUAUUCCGCUCUCUGCUGCCAAACUUUAACUUGCAGGGUGAGCCGUUGCCGCCGGAUGACCUGGAAGUUGCUCAGGCAGGUCGGGAUCUGAACCAGGAAGUGAAUCGUCUGAUGGUGGCCAUGAGGGAUAUGCUGGCCAACAUUCAGUUUCAGGAGCCACCAAGAGAGGACAACCCAGACAGAGAUGAGGGAGAGUGGGACUGAAAGGGACGACGACAGAGAUGAGAUGAAGAAAGAAUGGGACUGAGGAGAACUGGGAGUAGGUGAAAGGAGAGGUGUGGGAUUGAGGAGGAAUGGGAGGAGGUGAAGGGAGAGGAUAUAGAGAUGUUGGUCUGGUAAAGAACAAAGUAGGGAAAUUAACGUAAUUAAUAGACAGGGAACCUAGAGUUGGUUGAGUUGACUGUGGAUGGAAAAUGGCUGGAAGGAUCAGGAGGAUGGAGAAUUUGUGAUUUACUCAUCAAAUACACAGGAAGGUAUCAAUAACAAACAGAUUAGGUAAACACUGUAAUCUUAAAGAAAUGGCAGGUUAUCUGUAUGACAAAUUGAAAAAUAACUUUCCCUUUUCAAUAUAGGCACACUGAUAUCAACCUCUCUGCGUCCUUCUACAGUCAGGCAGUCCAUUAGCACUCUCUCUUUCCUUGGUCCUGUUCUCUCUACUCAGGAAUGUUCUUGAUUCUGAUCUAGAAGAUGAGGAGUCUGUUAAUCAAAGCAAUUGAUAUUUUGUUGUAUCAAACUGUUAAUGAGAAAUGCCACAAAGCUACAGUAUAUCUGAAAUGUUUAUCAUUUCUGAUUUAAUUAAUUCAAUCACGUUAUACUCACAUUGACCAUCUACUGCCAUAUGGGUUGAUGAGAGACAGAGAAAAUGCUUAUGAUUGUCUGAUUAAAGUCUGACUUGUACAACAA